UAAAAAUGAGUUUACUAUCACUUACAUCCCGGGUUCUUAGAAUAAAAAGUAAUUUAAUAAACAUUCGUUGUAUGAGUGAUAAUAAAUUAGAACGUCCCAAUUUAAGAUUCACUAAAUCAAGACCAAAGUCACGUGUUUUUGAUAAAGGUUUAGAUGAAACUGAAUAUGAUCAGCAUAACAAACCACCUGGUCCAAUAAAAUAUAUAUUAUUGGGAAUACCAAUAAUUACAUUCAUUCUUGGCACUUGGCAAGUGGAGAGACGUAAAUUGAAACUCCAAUUGAUAGAAGAUUUAAAAAAGAGGACAACUGCGGAUCCAAAACCUCUACCGGAAGAUCUGCACGAGCUUGCAGAAUUGGAGUACUACCCGAUAAAAGUAAGAGGACAAUUUCUGUAUGACAAAGAGUUUACAAUAGGCCCCAGGAGUCUGAUAGUCGACGGUUCUGGAACAUCAGAAAAAGGAAGCGGUGGUGGUUUGAUCGGUGGAAGCGGAGCACGAACUGGAUAUUGGAUAAUUACUCCAUUUAAAUUAGAAGAUCGUGAUCUUACGAUUCUAGUCAACCGCGGAUGGAUACCCAAGAAGCUGGAAAAGAUGCCUGUUGAUAAACUGGGGCGUGUUCCUGGUAUUGUUGAGAUAACGGGACUGCUGAGGUUGAAUGAAGAACGAGCUCCGUUUAUGCCGAAAAAUAAACCUGCUGGUAAUUUGUGGUUCCAUCGAGAUCUCGUGGCCAUGGCAGAGUCUGCUGAUGCUGACCCAAUAUUCAUGGACUUGGUUGUGGGUGAUGGUGUACGUGGUGGUCCAAUUGCUGGACAGACGCGUGUCUACAUGAGAAAUGAACACCUGAGCUACAUUAUCACCUGGUACUCAUUGUCAUUGAUAACAUCAUGGUUCUGGAUUAGAUUGUACAUUCAAAAAUUACCACUUUUGUAAUUACGUAAAUAAAUUAUAAGUUACAUACAAUAUA